AUGGCGAAGAGAAAACGAGUGGUGUUUGGGUUUUGUUAUUGUCUUCUGACGAUUUUGAUUUACGCGAGGGUUUCGUUUUCCGCGAGAUCUGAUAAAGAAAUUAGGGAGAGGUUCUACGGGAAUAUGAUGAACUCGUCCGCACCGGAAUCCGGUGACGGCACCAUUGCGAAAAUGUUCGAUCGGGUUCUCGAGAAAGAGUUCUCUGAGAAUGAUCAGCCCGAAGGAUCUGACGGAAGCAGCUUCAACAACAGUGUGGCUGAUCAACAAGCUGUACUGGAGACUGUGGCUAAAAUCACUCAUGAGAAGAGAAAUGAUACACAAGAGGCAAAUGGCACAAAAUCAUUUCAGUUUCAAGGUGUUUUUUCCCUGGAGAAUGAAGAUUCCGAAGAAACAACAACCUUGAUUGACAAAAAGGAUAAUGUGUUUGUGAUGUCAAACAAGAAAUCCAAAUAUCCAGUACUUCAAGUAGAUUUGAGGUUAAUUUCUGAUUUGGUGGUUAUCAUAGUUUCUGCUGCCAUCGGUGGAAUUUUGUUUUCUUGUUUGGGACAACCGGUUAUUGUGGGCUACCUUCUUGCGGGUUCUCUCAUUGGACCAGGGGGUCUGGAGUUCAUCAGUGAGAUGGUACAGGUUGAAACUGUUGCACAAUUUGGUGUUGUAUUUCUUCUUUUUGCUCUAGGUUUGGAGUUUUCUUUGGCUAAGUUAAAAGUUGUGGGCCCUGUAGCUGUUCUUGGAGGCCUUCUUCAAAUCUUAACAUUUAUGUUCUUGUGUGCCAUAACUGCUGUGUUGUGCGGAGCAAAGUUGUCUGAGGGAGUUUUUGUUGGUUCCUUCUUGUCAAUGUCAUCAACAGCAGUGGUGGUAAAAUUUCUUGGAGAACGGAAUAGUAGUAGUGCUCUUCAUGGUCAAGUAACAAUUGGAACACUCAUUUUCCAGGAUUGUGCUGUUGGUUUACUGUUUGCUUUGCUCCCAGUUUUGGGUGGUCAUAGCGGUCUUUUCCAAGGAAUGGUAUCAGUGGGGAAGCUGCUGCUAGUGUUGUCUCUAUAUCUUGCUGCUGCCUCUGUAUUGUGUUGGUCAUUUGUUCCUCGUUUUCUGAAAUUGAUGAUGCACUUGUCCUCUCAAACGAAUGAGCUUUAUCAGCUUGCUGUUGUGGCUUUCUGCUUAUUAUCUGCUUGGUGUAGUGAUAAGCUGGGCCUUAGCCUUGAGUUGGGUUCAUUUGUGGCUGGAGUUAUGAUAUCAACCACUGACCUUGCACAACAUACUUUAGACCAGGUGGAACCAAUUCGUAACCUUUUUGCAGCUCUCUUCCUUUCAAGUAUUGGAAUGCUCAUACACGUACAUUUCUUGUGGAGCCAUGUGGACAUACUGUUAGCAUCUGUUAUUCUAGUUAUAGUUGUAAAGACUGCCGUUGCUUCUAUUGUUACGAAGGCCUUCGGAUAUAGCUUUAGGACAUCAUUUGUGGUUGGAGUCUCACUUGCUCAAAUUGGAGAAUUUGCUUUUGUCCUCUUAAGUCGGGCGUCGAAUCUUAAUCUUGUUGAGGGGAAGAUGUACCUGCUUCUUCUUGGAACGACUGCACUAAGCCUGGUUACAACUCCACUCUUGUUUAAGUUGAUUCCUGCCAUAAUGAACUUAGGAGUUCUUAUGCACUGGUUUCCUUCCGAGGGCACCCCAUAUAGCGAGGAGAAAGCUUUGAUGAUUGAAGCAGAACACAACAGAAUAUUGUGA